AUGUUGAUAACGAGCACAGCCGGCAACGCCCGCCGUGUGUCGCCGCUGUUUGGUAAGAAUAACGUUAUUCCCGACCAACCAGAGCCGCAGGAGCCACGCAUUGGGCAGGGCACUGAAAAACUGUUUAACUGCUACACGAUAAUAAUAAUAAUAAUAAAAACGCCUGUGCAGAAUAGAAAAGGAGCGGUGCUAGACAGCUUGCUGCUGACAUCAGUCUCUCAGCUGUCCUCCAAAAUCCGCCAGUCUGUGGACAAAACAGCAGGCAAAAUCAAGAUUUUGUUCAAGGACAGGAACUGGAACGACAUUGAGAGCAAACUGAGCUCAGAGAGUGAUAUACCACUUCUCAAAACCACUAACAAGGAAAUCUCAACAAUUCUAACAGAGCUGAAGAGGGUGGAAAAGCAAAUCCAAGCCAUAAAUAUCAUGGUAGACCCGGAUGGAACCCUCGAUGUUCCUAACAGAUUAACCCUGGUGAGUCCGAUCAAAUCCAAACCCAAAGCCAGCAAAACAGCCUCCAAACCAGCUCUGGACUGAGCCAUCCACAAGCCAGUGGAGAGGUGCCAUUACUAACAAGUGAAGGACAGGAACCCUCAGAAUUGAGCAAACUGGAUCUCUAAUAACCCUUGAAUGUUUUGCAGCACAUUUUUUUAGCUGGUGUUUCAGUUUUGUUUUGGAAUCUUUUCAGUGCUCUCAAUAAAAAAAUUAAUUAAUAAAUAAAUAAA